GUCUCUCGGAGUAGGGUUUCUCUCAUUAGUGUGAGGAGAGUGUGAAAUGCAAAACCUGGAGUGGAGCUCCAGCUGACUGAUUACAACAGACUGCUUCAUUUACACCGAUCCAUAGUUCAGACCGGCUUUCAGUCUGUGGUUUGAUGGGUGACACAAAGUCUGAAGCACAACUUUAUUUGUUUUGUUUUGUUUUGUUUUGCUGGUAUAAAAGUAAUAUCACACUUGCAAUGUUGCCGUUGUUCUAAUAUCAGAUGUGCUUUGUCUUUAGGUAAUCUAAAUGACAAUGUUCGUGUUGUGAUACUGCUUAAUUAAAAAUCAGCAACGAUAAGAUGAAUAUAAUCGCUUUUUAUUCCAUGCCAAUCAGAGGCCAGUGAUAGCGAGCAGGUCCAGCAGCAGAGAGGGCGCGUGAGGAGAAAACACGUUCAUGACAUCAUCCGCCUUGUUGUGAUUCCCGUUCCCACCGGGCUCAUCUCGUGGAUGCUAUCACAGGAUUCCCACACUGAUUUCCCCCGUGUGCAACUUCAGCUCCUCCGUUACGGUCUGAAGCUCACGCCCGCCGCGUUGGUUUUACAUGCGGUAUCUUUUUUUUCGCUCCGUGGUUUAGCUUUCGACGUCGCCAUUGUUGGGUUCAGCAGAAGCGUUAUGAGGACGACUGAGAGAUGCUUCCGGUGUAAAAGUGAUAUCUCCAUGAAAGCUGUCGCGAGGAAGAGCUCUCCGCUGUGCUCAUGCGAUCGAGGCUAUUGUUAGAGGAGAUGAAACGGUGUCGGUUGGCGUGACACACCUGGGAUUGUUACAGCAGACCUCCAAGCACGUAUUUCUACUGUUCCCCACAGCCAUCGUGCCUGCAAGCGGAAAGGAUUCGUUUGUUUCGCUGAAUAUUAGUUAGAGAAGCCAUUCUAGUGUGUGUUAUUUCAUGGGGAUGUGUUCAAGGCAAGAGAGGAUUCAAAAAGACGUCGACAUCGUAAUUCAAAAGUGUAAGGCAGAGAAAGACUGCCUGUUUUUUGACUUUCGAUUCUCCGACUCCACGUUCACCUUCACCUACUCAAAAGGACCUAAAAGGGUGUCCUUCUCUGUUCAUGUCUCUGAUGAUUAUCCAGAUAACACAUAUGUGUCUAACUCUGAAAACAAUGAUGAAGUGUUAGUCACCAGGGAUCCAAUACCAGUGAUUUUCCACAGAAUUGCAACAGAAAUACGCAUAAAUAACGAUGCCACCAGCUGUCUGUCUAUUAAAUCAAAACUUCAAACCGACAAAAACGUGUGCCAUUAUGCUAUAGAGGAGGAUUCAGAGGGUGACAAUGAUUCAGAGGAGUUCUACUAUGUUGGACAGGUAAAUUAUGAUGGAGAGCUUCACAAACACCCCCAGUUGGAGGCUGAUUUGGCAGCCGUGAGGGACUUAUAUGGCCAUCAUGCAGUAUCUCUCAGGUAUCUGACCAUUCAUUUUUCUUACGAGAAGAAGGUGAAGUCUCCCCUGCACAUUUUUUCAACUCUACGCAGAUCCCCCAGCUACCCUCCUCCUGGCUGUGUGAAGAGCAAAAAGAAGCUCAAACCUGAGAAGGAUGGCAUGUCGAAAUCCCACCGUCUGUUACGGCGAACAUGCUCCGGCACGGUGAAGCCAGAAAUGGACGGCUGCGUCGGCAAGUCGCACAAGCUCCUGGGCCAUUCCCUCUCUAGUGACCCGCGGAUGGAGCAACAUCAGCCCCUCAAGCAACCCCACCGGCUGCUGUCGAGGCCCUGCUCGACCGCUGUUAAACCGGAGGACUGCCCUCCGCUGCGGCCUCAUAAACUGUCGCCGCGGUCGAGCGUGGCAGAGCCUCGCUGUGAACACGCUGCUGGCAGUAGCGAUGGCGGUGCUUUGAAGCCCCACCGGCUCCUGGGCCGCUCCUGCUCGGGCAGCGUGCGGACUGAAGAGCUGGAUGGCCUGAAGCACCACCACCGUCUGCUCAGCAGGUCCUACUCCAGCAGCACCAAGAUGGGCAAAAGCGACAUCUUUAAAGAGCAUGUCACAGAGAGCAGACGCCUCUCCCUUACCUCAGGGCUAAUCGGCAUCUUGGCCCCAUCUCUCUCUUCCACACCUCAGCCAAACAUCGGAGCCAAAUCCAUUCCAGUCAGAGACAGAGGUUUCCUUGUUCAGACUAUGGAGUAUGCAGAGCAGCGUAUCCCUGUACUGAAUGAGUUCUGUGUGGUCUGCGAUGAACCUCACGUGUUCCAAAAUGGACCAAUGCUCAGACCCACAGUGUGUGAGAGAGAGUUAUGUGUAUUCGCCUUCCAGACGUUAGGGGUCAUGAAUGAAGCUGCUGAUGAGAUUGCCACUGGUGCUCAGGUAGUAGACCUACUGGUCUCCAUGUGCCGAUCUGCACUGGAGUCUCCGAGGAAAGUUGUCAUUUUUGAGCCAUAUCCCUCUGUGGUGGAUCCCAAUGACUCACAAGCACUUGCCUUCAACCCCAGGAAAAAGGACUAUGACCGAGUGAUGAGAGCACUUGACAGUAUCGCAUCUUUCAGAGAAAUGACCCAGGCUCCAUACCUGGAGAUAAAGAAACAAAUGGACAAGCAUGAUCCCCUGGCUCACCCAAUGCUGCAGUGGGUGAUUUCCAGUAACAGAUCACACAUAGUGAAGCUUCCUGUUACUAGACAACUGAAGUUCAUGCACACACCCCAUCAGUUCCUCCUGCUCAGCAGUCCACCAGCCAAAGAAUCCAACUUUAGAGCUGCCAAAGUCCUCUUUGGGAGUACCUUUGCUUUCCAUGGAUCACACAUAGAAAACUGGCACUCCAUUUUGAGGAAUGGUUUGGUCGUGGCAUCAAACACGAGGCUUCAGCUCCAUGGCGCUAUCUAUGGGAGUGGAAUCUAUCUCAGUCCAUUAUCAAGCAUAUCCUUUGGCUACUCAGGGAUGAAUAAAAAACAGCAGAAAGUUGCUUCAAAAGAUGAAACUGCUGCCAACAAGUCCAAUAUUAAUUUGCAGUCACAGAAGAAAGGCCAGAACCCGCAGUUUCUGCAGAGCCGCAACCUGAAAUGCAUAGCCUUAUGUGAAGUUAUUACAUCUCCAGACCUGCACAAGCAUGGGGACAUCUGGGUAGUUCCAAAUACAGAUCAUGUCUGCACACGUUUUUUCUUUGUUUAUGAGGAUGGACAGGUAGGUGACACAAGUAUAAACGCACAGGACCCUGGCAUUCAUAGGGAGAUCCUGCGAGUCAUCGGCAAUCAAACGGCUACUGGAUGAAACAGUUUGAACACAAUACUGCUGCCUUGACCUCUUUCCCAAAGCUGGACGUUUGAGCGUAGGAGGCCAAUACCACUUUUAUUUUUGGUAACCACAAAUACACACACAAAAAAACAAGAAGCAUAUUCGCAAUCUUCAGAAUAUACUAUUUCUACUGUUCCCCUGGGAUACAUGCAUAUUUACACUGGCUAUUCAAACUAUUACCAUUUUGCUAAGUUUAUAAAUACAAGGUAGAUUUUGAAAGAGCAUGGUAUGUCUCUCAGUUCAACUGAUAGACUACUUAUUUUUUGUAAAUACAAAAAAUGAAACACUUUGAAGAAUACAGUAUUUUCAGACUUUCCUGGAGAAAAUACAAUAUUCCUGUGAGGAUAUGCGCCAUCUGACCUUGUUUACUAAGAGUUGUACUUGUUAAAGUACAUUAAUUUGUGCAUACAAAUGGUGUCUACUGUAUAUGCACUUUAUUUUUCUUAAUGUAUGAUAGUUGUUUCAAACUUCCAUAUAAUCUUAAAUGCCUUUGAAAGACAGACGUAUUUAUUGUUUGACAGUGCUGAACACAAGUGAGCAACUCCUGAUGUUGACUGCAUUUACAGCUGAUGGAGAGCUUUGACAAGUGUAGUUUAAAAACAAAAUCCCUGUGCUACAGCUAAUAUUUUCUGCUACUUAAAAGUAGCUGUCGGUUUACAAUUUCUAAAGGCCUCAGUUUAGAAUUUGCCCAGAUGUACUGAACCUGCCACUUCAUUAACAUCGUCAUUUUAAACGUACAGUAUUGCUGUAACGUUUUCAUUUAUGAGUGAUAGUCACUCAUGAAACCAAGUAUGAAAAAAAAAAAUUAAGAUUAAAAAUACAAAAAAAGGAAAAGACUUUAUAUAUUCAGCAGCGACAACUAAACAUAAGAUGCAUGCUGCUUUCCUUACGUUUUCAGAUUUUUGUUAAUAAUGGACAAAAAUCGGCACCCAAUUGUAAAAUGUCUUUGAAUAUUUCAAUAUAAAACUUUUUUGUAAGGUGAUUUUAAGGCAGAAUAAGUGUUUGCUGCUUGUUGUUUAUACAUUGUAAUGUAUUAACAGAAGGUUUAAAUGUGAGUAUUCUGUUCAAUUUUUGCAAUUCUUUAUAGUGAUGUUUAGACACCUCUGUGGUUAACUUUACUUUCGAAACAUUAAAUUGUUCGAUCAUUGAAAUCACUAAAUCUUUUUUUGAGAACGAUCACCCAAUAUUGGUAUAAGGAAAGGUAACGCAUUUGGUAAAAAUUUAUUAAAUUGUAUUAAAAAUACUAUACGAGGAAAUGCAACUUUUACAUAAAGUCAAGAUGUAGCACCACAAUUAUGGGCAGAAUUAUGGGUUUUAUUAAAAUAUGGGCACAUUAAAUAUGUGGUAUUGAUUAUUUUGUGUGCUGAAAAGUAUUUUGUAUUUCCCAUGGGGCUCUGAAAUACUGGUAAAUUCAUAUGAUGUUCACUUGCAAUAUAUUCCAUUGACUCCAUUAUAGUUUCAAUUGAAUGGCAACAGCUUAAUAUUACAUUAAAUGUAAAGUGAAAGUUUAUAUAAUCAUUACGCAUUGUCAAGUUUGCCAUUACUAAAAAACGAUGUAAAUCAGAUUAAUUUUAUUGAUUAUUCUUUCAAAUCCACAAUCUAAUCAGUUAAUAAAUAUUGUUUAAAUAUCUUUCAAGGGUUAAGAUGGGGUAGUUCUUACAUGCAUGUACACUCAUAACUGUUGCAAAACAUCUAACAGCAACUUAUUUUUGUGUUUAUAUUUUUUCAUUGUGAUGGACCAUGUUCAUAUGUGAUAGGUCUAUUUGUAUAGUUUUGUACAUUUUCCGCACAAUUUGGUUAAAAAGGAUCAUGCUACUUAGCAUUUGGUGCCUUAUCGAUAAGGAUUUAAUGGCAAACCUGACAGUACUGUCAUAUAUGAAAAUACUGUAUAUAGUGUAAAUAAUGCCACAGCAACAUGGGAGGCCAAAUAUUUUCUGUAGUACGUUUUUACUUUUUCCUAAUUUUGCGAACGGAUGAAGCUUUUUGGCUUUUUACAAGUUAUGGAAAUAGUAGCUUAUGUAUCUGUUUAUGUUCAUUAAAUUCAGAU